ACGAAGAAAAAUAAAAACUUUCGCUUUUGUGCCACCUAGCGUAUUGCAAAAUAUAAAAAUAUGUACAUAUGCAAAACGAUUUUAUAAAUUAAGGAGAAAUUGUAUGCAAAAGUUCUGAUAGGAGGAUACGCGAGGAUAGAAAAUGCAUGUACGUAGAAGUGUGUGACACUUGAUGGCACUGCAUGGCUCGAUUCGAUGGUCCAUUCGUUUCGGUGUUCAUGUUGCCAAUGCACGUGUGAGUUCCUCGUGGUAUCGGUGACUAUUAGUGGAAAGGAGGAAAGACACUCGUUUCUUCGAUCAAUAAUACUCUUUUGAGAUAAAGCUAACGCUAUGUCGUGGCUUUUUGGAUAUCGUAACACCCAACCUCAAGACUUUUCACAAUUUGUACAAGUGCCGGCGUCGGCUAAUUCUGGUGGCGAUAGCGAUGGCUCUCAUGCACAAACCACAAAGUCUCGAAUGGAAGCUUACCGUUUUGAUUCGAGUGCAUUGGAAAGAGCAGCCGCAGCUGCCAAGGAACUCGAAAGAUCCAAACAUGCCAAAGAAGCUUUGGAACUGUCUAAACUACAAGAGUCGACCAAACAGGUUGAAAUGCAAACGGAAAUGAAGAAAUACGAAGCUACUAUAGAGCAGAUGAAAGUGGAUCAAAAGCGCAUCGACGGCGAGGAAAGGAGGAAAACUAUGCAGGAGGAAACCAAGCAGCAUCAGAUGAGAGCUCAGUAUCAGGAUCAACUGGCGAGGAAACGAUACGACGAUCAACUCAUCCAACAGCAAAGGAUGAACGACGAAAAUUUGAAGAGGCAGGAGGAAUCGGUUGCUAAACAGGAAGCUAUGAGAAAAGCUACUAUAGAACAUGAAAUGGAUUUAAGACAUAAGAAUGAAAUGAGAAAAUUGGAGGCAGAGUUGAAAGCCAAAGCAAAGAUCGACAGAGAAAAUCAAGACUUGAACUUGGAACAGAUCAGACUGAAAGCAUCGGAAAAAAGAAUCACCGUCUUGGAAUCUAUAAAAACCGCUGGCUCGGUAUUGGGAUCCGGAGCGACGGCUCUUUUACAAGAUUGGGACAAAAUUAUCGCUGCUGCUGGUGGAUUAUCGUUGCUAGCGUUCGGCGUGUACACUGCAAAAGGAUCGACAGGCAUCGCAGCGAAAUACAUCGAGUCUCGUUUAGGGAAGCCAUCCUUGGUCCGAGAAACUUCCAGAUUCACGGUACUAGACACGUUGCGACAUCCUGUCCAAGCGGCGAAGAAAUUGAAAAGUAAGCAGACGGACGCGUUAUCCGGCGUUGUUUUAGCACCGAAGCUCGAAGAAAGACUACGCGAUGUCGCGAUAGCUACGAAAAACACGAAGCAAAAUCGUGGAAUGUAUAGAAAUAUACUGAUGCAUGGUCCGCCUGGGACCGGUAAGACCAUGUUCGCGAAGAAGUUGGCGGAACACUCCGGCAUGGACUACGCGAUCGUGACCGGCGGGGACCUGGCCCCGUUAGGUCGAGACGGUGUAACCGCUAUUCAUAAGGUUUUCGACUGGGCGACAACAUCUAGACGAGGUCUGCUGCUUUUCAUCGAUGAAGCCGACGCGUUCUUACGGAAGCGUUCCAGCGAGCAUAUAUCCGAAGAUUUGAGAGCGAUGUUGAACGCUUUUCUGUACAGAACCGGCGAGCAAAGCAACAAAUUUAUGUUGGUUCUCGCCUCGAAUACUCCGGAACAAUUCGAUUGGGCCGUUAACGACAGAUUGGACGAGAUGGUAGAAUUCCGUCUGCCGGGACCGGAAGAGCGCGAACGUCUAGUUCGUCUGUACUUUGAUAAGUUUGUUCUUCAACCGGCGAUCGAAGGUAAUAAACGAUUGAAAGUGGCGCAAUUCGAUUACGGCGCGCUUUGCAGUAGAUUGGCCGUGAUGACCGAAGGAAUGUCUGGAAGGGAAUUGGCGAAACUGGGUGUCGCCUGGCAAGCGGCAGCGUACGCCUCGGAGGAUGGAGUUCUCACUGAACAAAUGGUUGUUGACAGAUGCGCGGAUGCCAUCAAACAACACAGACAAAAGGUUCAAUGGCAGAGCGAGCAAGAAAGACAAGAAGCAAAGUCAAUUUAUGCCGAUGAAAAGGAAUCAGUGGAACCGGUGACAAAGCCGAAACCUGUAAUCGAACCCACAACACCUGAACAUUCGGUCGCAACAGCUUAAUCGACAAGCAUAACUGCGCAAAUAAUUGCAAAUCCUAUUUUACUAAGAAACUAAUUAGUACUAAGUGGAAAUGAAAAAGGUACAAAUUGCAUUAUCGAGGAAACGAAUUUAAUUGUACAGUCCUCGUUUUGUAAGCAAACCGCUCUAGUGUAUAAAUACUGUACAGGAAUAGUGCAUUUAUUAGUAAUCUGAACUUCUAGCCAAAUUAAACUUUCAGUCAUGCCUUUCUCUCUCUCUCUCUCUCUCUCUCUCUCUCUCUCUAUCUAUCUAUCUAUCUAUCUAUCUGCCUGUCUAUCUUUCUUCUCGUGUAUGAUUACAUAUUCGCGAUCUUCUGUCUCUCGCGUUACCGUAUUAAUAGGAAAACGUUUAUAGGUUUGAUAAGGCACAGUAUCAGACUAAUCGGAAAAUUAGUUGUAACUACUUUAAUUAAAUACUUUGGUUAUGUUUUGGUUUCGAAUAAUUCAACUUAUACGGUUGUGUUUCCAAAUGAUCCAUAUAGAGAUCGAACGUCACAGUGAUUUCACUACUAUAUUUCAAACCUUUUCUAUUGUAUUCUCGAAAGGUUUAAUAAAUGUACAAUUUUUGUUACUGUUAUUUAUUAAACACUUUGAUUCAUUGUUUGGUUAA